AAAUUCCGUCAGAGACCCUUUCUUCUUCUUCUUCUCUCUCCUCCCUCUCUCUGGUUUUCUAGGGUUUUCUUCUUUCAAUCGGAGCCGUCCGGCAAGGAGGGAUCUGAGAAUCGAAUCGUCGAAUGGCGGCGCAGGGGCAGGGAGCUAUGGACCCUGCCGUGCUCGAUGACAUAAUCCGGCGGCUCACGGAGGUCCGAUUGGCCAGGCCGGGGAAGCAGGUCCAGCUCUCCGAGUCCGAGAUCAAACAGCUCUGUGUUGCUUCCAGGGAAAUCUUUCUUCAGCAGCCUAAUUUGCUCGAGCUUGAAGCUCCUAUCAAAAUUUGCGGUGACAUUCAUGGGCAAUAUAGUGACCUACUAAGGCUCUUUGAAUAUGGGGGCUUUCCUCCUAGUGCAAAUUAUCUGUUUUUAGGUGACUAUGUGGAUCGUGGCAAGCAGAGUUUAGAAACAAUAUGCCUCCUGCUUGCAUAUAAAAUCAAAUUUCCGGAGAACUUUUUUCUUCUUAGAGGGAAUCACGAAUGUGCUUCUAUUAAUCGUAUAUAUGGUUUCUAUGAUGAGUGCAAGCGCCGGUUUAAUGUCAGACUUUGGAAAUCCUUUACCGACAGCUUUAACUGCCUUCCUGUCGCAGCUCUUAUAGAUGACAAAAUAUUAUGUAUGCAUGGUGGUCUUUCCCCUGAUUUGACAAAUUUGGAUCAGAUCAGGAAUUUGCCUCGUCCAACUGCUAUCCCUGAUACUGGCUUGCUAUGCGAUUUGCUCUGGUCAGAUCCUGGCAGAGAUGUUAAGGGAUGGGGAAUGAAUGAUAGAGGAGUCUCCUAUACAUUUGGCCCUGAUAAGGUGGCAGAAUUUUUAAUGAAGCAUGACUUGGACCUUGUUUGUCGUGCUCAUCAGGUUGUGGAGGAUGGUUAUGAAUUCUUUGCCGACAGACAACUUGUUACAAUUUUCUCAGCCCCCAACUACUGUGGUGAAUUUGACAAUGCUGGUGCCAUGAUGAGUGUAGAUGAGAACUUAAUGUGCUCCUUCCAGAUUCUUAAGCCAGCAGAGAAAAAAACAAAGUUCAUGAUGUCAACAAAAAUGUGAUGAUUGCAAUAUCACUGCUCCAGUCUUUAUCCAGGCUAUUUUCUUUUCCCAUUUUUUCUUGGGAAAAUUGGCUGACAAUCAAGGUAGCCAACUUCAGUAUUUUCCUGAUCCCAAUGAUGGGGAGGGGCUAUAGAAAUUGGAUGUUGGAGCAAAAGUCUGGAGCGGUGAGGGGCAGAAGAAUUUUAAUAUUUCCUCGUUCACUUUUCUCUGUAAUGCUUAUUCUGCAACAUUUGUGUACAUAUAUUUGGUCUGGCAACUCAUUGUUGUGCUUUCCAUUGAGGCCAACAUAAACGGCAUCAUUUCACUCCCUCAAGGAUUCUUCGGUUUUCUCAGACUACUAGUUUUAACUUAUCGAUUGAAUUUAACUCUUUGUAUUUGUGCCUUAGGCUUAUUUUGAUUAUAAAAGAUGGUCACCUGUUAUCAA